AGGGAGCCGUGUGGGACAGCUGCAGGGAGAGCCGGGGCUGGCUCACAGUUGGGAAUCAAGAUGCCUGGACCUGUCUCUUGCCCUCUUCUGCCUCCCAGGUGGUUCUCUCCAGAAGGAAUCAGUAAGACGUCGGGAUGAGGCUCUCAAUGCUGUUUGCUGCCUUCCUCUGGCUCCAGGGUUUCUUGGCCAAGGGAGAUGAGUGUCAUUCCCUGGCCAGGAGCCCGGACGGAGAGAGCGGAGGACCACCUCUGAAAGUCAACGUGAGCAGCCAGGGAAGGCCUACUAGCCUCUUUCUGAGCUGGGCAGCCCCAGGGCCAGACAAGCUGAGCCACGCCCUCCGCCUCACCCACCUGAGUCCCCUGGGCUCUCCAGAAGGGCAACCGCUCCAGGCCCACACCAACACAUCCAGCUUUGAGUUCCAGGACCUGGUGCCAGGAAGUCGCUACCUGCUGGAGGUGACUGCCCUGCAAGCCUGUGGACAGAACACCACCAUCACCAUCGCCGCCCGCACCGCCCCAUCGACUGUCUGUAAUUUGCGGUUCUACAGCCCUGGGAGCCCAUCCAGCCUUGAGGCCUCUUGGGGGGCUGCCCCCGGGGAGCAAGAUGGCUACCAACUUCUCCUCUACCACCCAGAAUCCCAGACGCUGGUGCACAAUAUCUCCAUGCCACUGGGCACCUUGUCCUAUAAUUUCAGCCAACUCCUAGCAGGUAGUGAGUAUGUUCUGGAGGUUACUACCUGGGCUGGCAACCUCCAGGCGAAGACCAGUAUCCACCAGUGGACAGCCCCCGUGUCUCCUCCCAAGCUGGUGCUGCGGUCCCUGGGCACCAGUGCCCUACAAGCCUCCUGGAACAGCUCCGAGGGGGCUGCCUGGCUCCGCCUCAUGCUCACGGACCUCCUGGGUGGCACCAACCUGACCACGGUGGUCAGACGCGGGGUCUCCAAUCACACCUUCCUGCACCUCUCUCCAGGCACCCCCUACAAGCUGACGCUCAGUGCUGUGGCCGGGCCCCAGCAGGUGGCGGGGCCCAAUGCCACCGAGUGGACCUAUCCCUCUGCCCCUCUGGACCUGGUGCUCAUUCCCCUGCCCUCUGCACUCUGGGCAAGCUGGAAGGCAGGGCCAGGUGCCCGCGAUGGCUACCUGCUCAGGCUGAGCGGGCAUGUGGAAAAGAACAGCACUCGGGGCCCUGGAGCCCUCAAUGCCACAUUCCCCGGGCCCCUGCCCGCUGGACACUACAUUCUGGAGCUGAGGGCUCUGGCUGGGCCCUACAGUGCCUGGGCCUGGGCUAGUGCCUGGCUGCGUGAUUCUGCUGCCCAGCCCAGACAGAGCAACGGGACCAAGUUACAGCUGGAUGGGCGGGUGGCCACUGGGGAGCCCAGGAGGCAGCCACAGCUCUAUGAUGAGGGAGCCCCAGGCCUCCUUGGAAACACCUCUGUGCCACCUGCUACCACCCGGAGCACAACCCAGAGCCUCACAGACCAUACCAUCCCUGCUCCUCCUGCCAACCUGAGCCUGGGCCUCGCCUCCCAGCCUCCUGCCCUGACGGCCUCCUGGAGCCCCCCACCUGGGGACAGGGAUGGCUUCCAGCUGUGGCUUUACCGCUUGCAGCCCCUGACUCUGGAAAGCAGGGAGACUCUGCCUCCGGAAGCUCAGAAGUUCUCCUGGGCCCGGCUGCCCCCAGGCACUGAGUUCCUGGUUCAGCUGGCCACCCUGCGGGGGCCAGAUGAGAGCAGCAGAGCCAAUGCCACAGGCUGGACGCCCCCCCUUGCCCCUCCUCUGGUAAAUGUGACCCCUGAAGGUCCCACCCAGCUCCGGGUAUCCUGGGUCCAUGCUCCUGGGUCACGAGAUGGCUACCAGGUGACUCUGUACCAGGCAGGGGCCCAGGCAGGGGCCAGCACCGUGGGAGCUGAGGUGGACAGCACGAGCUUCUCAGCUCUGACCCCAGGCACCCAGUACGAGGUGGAGAUUGUCUCGAAGGCUGGGCCCCUCCGCACGGCAGCUGCCAACGCCUCCGGCUGGACCUCCCCGCUCAUGCCCAGUGAGCUGCUGGUGUCCAUGCAGGCGAGCAGCGCCGUAAUCAGCCUGGCCUGGGCCAGUGGCCCCCGGGGGCAUGGGCUGUGCCAUGCCCAACUCUCAGAGGCUGGCCACCUCUCCUGGGAGCAGCGCCUGGGGCUCGGCCAGGCCCACCUCAUUCUAAGGGACCUCACACCGGGACGUAAUCUCUCCCUGUCCAUCCUGUGCCAGGCGGGGCCACUCCGGGCGUCCACUCACCCCGUGGUGCUGCCUGUUGAGCCUGGCCCUGUGGAGGACGUUCGGUGUCAGCCCGAGGCUACUCACCUGGCCCUGAACUGGAUGGUGCCCUCGGGGGACGUGGACGUCUGUCUGGUGGUGGCGGAGCAGCUGGCCACGGGAGGGGACGCGUACCUCGUCUUUCAGGCCAACACCUCGGGGGACGCGCUCCUCGUGCCCAGCCUCGUGCCUGCCACUUCCUACCGCCUCAGCUUCACUGUGCUGGGCAGGAACGGCCUGUGGAGUCGUGUGGUCACCCUGGUGUGCGCUACUUCUGCGGAGGGCUGGCACCCCCCAGACUUAGCUGCAGCCCCCCAGCUGGAGCCGGAGGCAGGGACAGGAGUGAUGAUCACACGGGGUAUGUUUGGCAAGGAUGAUGGGCAGAUUCAGUGGUACGGCAUCAUUGCUACUACCAACAUGUCACUGGUUCGGCCCCCGCAGGAAGCCAUCAACCACACGUGGUACGACCACUACUAUGGAGGACGUGACUCCUACCUGGCCAUCCUGCUUCCCAAUCCCUUCUACCCGGGGCCCUGGGCUGUGCCGAGAUCCUGGAUGGUGCCUAUGGGUACAGAGGACUGUGGCCAGACCCAGGAGAUAUGUAAUGGGCAACUCAAGCCGGGCUCCCAGUACCGGUUCAGUGUUGUGGCUUUUACCAGACACAGCCCUCCUGAGACCAUUAUCUCCUUCUCGGCCUUUUCAGAGCCCUGGGCCAGCAUCUCUGGGGCAGCCAUGCCCCUCCCCGCGGCGGUGGCCAUCAUGGGGGGCUGUGUCCUCACCGUCUGUACCGUGCUGGGCCUGCUGUGCUGGAGGAGGAUGAAGGGGCACAGGGCAGAGAAGACUCGGUUUUCCCAAGAGCUGACAGCUUACAACCUGCGGCGGACCCACCGGCCCAUCCCAAUUCAAAGCUUCCGGCAGAGCUAUGAGGCCAAGAGUGCGCAUGCUCACCAGGCUUUCUUUCAGGAAUUCGAGGAGCUGAAGGAGGUGGGCAAGGAGCAGCCCAGACUGGAGGCGGAGCACCCGGCCAAUGCCACGAAGAACCGUUACCCACACGUGCUACCCUAUGACCACUCCCGGGUCAGGCUGACCCAGCUGGAAGGAGAGCCCCACUCCGACUACAUCAAUGCCAACUUCGUCCCAGGUUACACCGACCCUCAGGAAUUUAUCGCCACCCAAGGGCCUCUCAAGAAAACUCUGGAGGACUUCUGGCGGCUCGUGUGGGAGCAGCAAGUUCAUAUCAUUGUCAUGCUGACGGUGGGCAUGGAGAAUGGGAGGGUGCUGUGUGAGCAUUACUGGCCAGCAGACCCUACCCCCAUCACCCACGGUCACAUCAUGGUCCACCUGCUGGGCGAGGAGCCCGAGGAUGAGUGGACGAAGCGGGAAUUCCAGCUGCAGCAUGUUGCCCAGCAACAGCAGCGGAGGGUGAAGCAGCUGCAGUUCACCACCUGGCCGGACCACAGCGUCCCUGAGGCCCCCCGCUCCCUGCUCACCUUUGUGGAGCUGGUACGGGAGCAGGCGAGGGCCAUCCAGGGCACCGGCCCCAUCCUGGUGCACUGCAGUGCGGGUGUGGGCCGCACGGGCACCUUCGUGGCCCUGUCAAGGCUGCUGCGGCAGCUGGAGGAGGAGCAGACGGUGGACGUGUUCAAUGCUGUAUAUGCGCUGCGGCUGUAUCGGCCCCUCAUGAUCCAGACCCCGAGCCAAUACAUCUUCCUGCACAGCUGCCUCCUGAACAAGAUUCUAGAAGGGCCCUCUGCCACCUUCGAGUCCCAGCCCAUCUUGGUGACAAACUUUGCACAGGCCUGUGCCAAGAGGGCGGCCAAUGGCAACGCUGGCUUCUUGAAGGAGUACAAGCUCCUGCUCCAGGCCAUCAACUCUUCUGCACCCCCUCCUGGCUAUGAGCAGGACAGCACGGGCUCCUACGACGACUAUCAAGUGCGGUUUUCUCCGGUGGAGGACAGCCCCCCUAAUGAGAUGCUUGAAGCCUGUCUUUUCUCUGGUGGGCCUUCGGGCCAUGACCACGUUGUGCUGACUGGCCCUGCAGGGCCCCGGGAGUUCUGGGAGCUGGUGUGGGAGCACGGGGCCCACGUGCUGGUCUCCCUGUGCCCGCCUGACACCUGGGAGAAGGAGUUCUGGCCAACGGAGACGAGACCUAUUGUCACAGACAUGGUGACCGUGCACUGGGUGGCCGAGAGCAGCACGGCAGGCUGGCCCUGUACCCUCCUGAGGGUCACACAUGGGAAGAGCAGGAAGGAGAGGCAGGUGCAAAGACUGCUGUUCCCGCGCUGGGAGCCAGGGCGGGAGCUCCCGGCCACCACCCUGCUGCCCUUCUUGGCUGCCGUGGGCCGGUGCUGCUCUCGGGACAAGACAAAGCCGGGCACGCUGCUCAGCCACUCCAGUAAGGGUGUGGCCCAGCUGGGCACCUUCCUGGCCAUGGACCAGCUGCUACAGCAGGCGGGGGCUGAGUGCACCGUGGACAUCUUUAACAUGGCCUUGCAGCAGUCACUGGCUUGUGGCCUCAUGACCCCAACACUGGAGCAGUAUAUAUACCUCUACAACUGUCUGAACAGCGCGCUCAUGGACGGGCUGCCUUGAGUCAGCAUUGGUCACCGUGCUCAUGCGCGAGCAGAAGAGGUCUGGGCCCUGCCAGGCAGGGACCAGCAGCCUCAGCACACCCGCUGGGGCCU